GGCAAGAUGGCGGCGUUCACAGAGUGCGCUUGAUUGGAGACCGGCGGUUCUUUGCAGCCCCUUAGUUGGGACGUUCUGGCCACGCGUACAUGCUGUCCUGGUGUGGCAGCGCGCGCCGCCUUACCGCGGCUCCCGUUUCCCACGCGUGGCUCCGGUGUGCACGGAAUGGCGCGGCCUCGGCCGGUCGAGACCUCCAUGCUUCGAGAUAUGACGUUAUUGUUAUUGGGGGCGGCCAUGCGGGCACAGAAGCAGCCUCGGCGGCCGCGCGGCUACAAGCCCAGACGUUGCUUCUCACGCAUAAGAUAGAUACUAUAGGACAAAUGUCAUGUAAUCCUUCCUUUGGUGGAAUUGGGAAAGGACAUCUGAUGAGGGAAGUGGAUGCACUGGAUGGGCUCUGUGCUCGAAUUUGUGAUCAGUCCGGUGUGCAUUAUAAAGUGCUAAACAAACGCAAGGGACCCGCUGUCUGGGGUCUCCGAGCUCAGAUCGACAGAAAGCUCUACAAAGAAAACAUGCAGAAAGAAGUUCUGCAAACCCCUUGUUUGACGAUAUGUGAGGCAUCUGUAGAAGAUCUUCUGCUGACAGAAGCAGAAGCUGGGCAUCCUGGGAAAUGUCGUGUCAGCGGAGUCAUUCUGGGGGAUGGAAGGAGAGUGUAUGCUGGGAGCAUUAUUCUGACCACAGGCACAUUUCUGAGGGGAAUGAUCCUCAUUGGACUGGAAAUGCAUCCUGCUGGGCGGAUGGGAGAUCAGCCCUCCUUGGGCCUUGCUCAGACGUUGGAGAAACUGGGAUUUACUAUGGGCAGACUCAAGACCGGGACUCCGCCCCGGCUGCUGAAAGACUCCGUUGACUUCAGUGUUAUGACGAGACAACCACCUGACAACCUUCCUGUGCCAUUCAGCUUUCUUAAUGAGGCGGUGUGGAUCAAGCCAGAAGAUCAGCUGCCAUGUUUCCUGACUCACACCAACCCCAAGGUGGAUCAGCUCAUCCGUGACAAUCUUCACCUGAACAAUCAUGUCAAAGAGACAACGAGAGGACCUCGGUACUGCCCCUCACUUGAGUCUAAAGUUCUUCGUUUUCCAAACCGUGUGCAUCAGCUCUGGCUUGAGCCUGAAGGACUAGAUUCCAAUGUCAUCUACCCACAGGGAAUGUCACUGACGUUGCCAUCUGAAAUCCAGGAGGAGCUUGUCACCCACAUUAGAGGUCUGGAAAAAGCAAAAAUUGUGCAGCCAGGCUAUGGAGUUCAGUAUGAUUUUCUGGACCCACGUCAGCUGACUGCCUCCCUUGAGUCUCGUCUUGUUCAGCGGCUCUUCUUUGCAGGACAGAUAAACGGCACAACGGGCUAUGAGGAAGCUGCAGCCCAAGGUAUAAUUGCUGGAAUUAACGCUGGCCUGCGAGUCAAAGGUAAACCUCCCUUUAUCGUCAGUCGUACUGAAGGCUACAUUGGUGUUUUGAUCGAUGAUCUCACCACUCUGGGUACCAAUGAACCCUACCGGAUGUUCACAAGCCGUGUGGAGUUUCGGAUGUCUCUGCGUCCAGAUAACGCCGACUGCAGGCUUACCUUCCGAGGCUACACUGAAGCUGGCUGCGUGUCCCAAAAGCGAUAUGACCAGGCAUCUCGGAUGGACACAAUGCUGGAAGAAGGGAUUGAAACACUGAAGGCUGUUGAGUUCAGCAGCUCAAAAUGGGCUCAGCUGAUUCCAGAUGCUGUCAUAAGUACUAAUCACAGGCUCAGUGCUCUGGACAUCCUUCAGUACCAGGAGGUGAAUAUGGAGGUUUUGGCAAGAAUUUUCCCUGAGUCCCUGAGAAAGUUUGCUGAAUGGAGACAACUGGCUCAGAGGCUGAAAAUAGAAGCUGUAUACAAGCAACCUGUGUCCAUUCAGCAGGCAGAAAUAGAAGAAGUGCGUCAAGAUGAAGCUCUCCAGCUCCCGGAGGAUCUGGAUUAUUUUGCCAUCAGUGCAUCUCUGUCCCAGGAAGCGCGAGAGAAAUUGGAUUCCCACCGACCUCAGACGAUGCAGAUUUGCUGGAGCAGUGAAACCUCCAAGUUCCUGAUGAGAAUGCUUUUUGAGCAGAAGCCAUUAAACUAUUAUUUAUUUAUGCUCUUUGGACAUCUGGCUUUAAGAUUGUUCCCACAGUACGAAAGGAUGGACGACAUACUGGUAGUAGUACAAAGUUACCCCAGUGACAGCAUGCCACCUCAUUGCACUGUGAAAAAUGUCUGUGGUCAGAUAAGACAGUUUCUGCUCUUUUAUGCUGGAUGCCACUAAGACAUAGCAAUUUAUCUAUUACAGUAGGAGAAUAUGAUACAAGUAAUUGCAAAUGGAUCUCAUUAAUAAUGUCCCUCAGUAAACAAGUGCAGUACACACAGGCUGGUUAUUUUGUGUUGUUUCUGGCAAGGAAAAGGAAUAAAAGUGACUCUUCAACUGCAUAGUAACCGUUUUUUUUAACAAUAAAAAAAUUACAAAUACUAUUGUAA